CUGACAACGAGAAAGGGACUGUCUGAGCAGCCAGCAGGAUGUCUUUCCCGAUGGAUGGAUGCCCCUCGAAACUUCGACACGGUGUCAUCUGUGCUUGGGUUGUCCAUUACACUGUCCUCUUCCUUUUUCUGACACGUUGCAAAGGUCAGUCUCAUAUGGUUGGUCCAUCACAACCAACUGUGGCAAAAAUUGGGGCUGACAUCAUGUUACCAUGCCAUCUUGAACCUGUUGUGGACGUCACUGACCAGACUAUAGAGUGGACGAGACCGGACCUGAAUCCCAGAUUUGUCCAUGUGUUGCGCGAUGGUGUGGAACUUAAGACAAAAAAAUAUUGGUCCUACGUGGGCAGAACGUCAGUGUCUAUGGACAAACUGAGACAUGGGGACAUUUCACUGAAACUCUACAAAGUAAAACUCUCGGAUACAGGGACGUACAGAUGCUUCAUUCCAACUCUGAAAAUUGAAUCUACUGUUGAGCUUGUAGUUGGUGCAGUUUCCUCACUGACCAUCAGCUUUCUGAGAUGUGAGAAUGGACUGGUUCUGCAGUGUGAGUCUGCAGGCUGGUAUCCAGAGCCUGAGGUGUCGUGGCUGGACGGUGAGGGACACGUCCUCUCUGCUGGACCUACAGAGACAGUCAGAGGUCCUGAUGACCUCUAUAUUGUCAGCAGCAGAGUGACUGUGGACAAGAGACACAGCAACAGCUUCACCUGCAGAGUCCAACAGAACCACAUCAACCAGACCAGAGAGACACACGUCCAGGUCCCAGAAGAUUUCUUCAAUGCUCCGAGUUCUGUUGGUCCUGUCGCCAUCGGCUCGGCUGUCGUUUUCAUGCUUAUUCUCGCCGUCAUCUUUGCUGUGUGGAAAUGGAGACGGAAACACAAUAGUCAGUCUGUUAAAACAUUCAGCAGCACAGAACUGUCCUCGCUCAGCAAGGACAGAAGAGAAACACUGCCCAUCAUGGCUGAAAGCAUGGACAUCAAAGAUUUGGAUGCAACAAAAACAAGCCUCGAUGCAAAGUUAAAAGAUGUCAUGGAAGAAUUCAAAGAUAUAGAAGGGCUGUUUAAUUUCUUAACAGACCAGAAAAAGAAUGUACAUGAUCAGAUGCAUCGAAUCGCAUUACAACUGCAUGAUGUAGAGAUGGGAAGAGAUGGGAUUAUUUCAGUGGUAGAGGAGAAAGGGAAACAGAAAGAAGAAAAGAGUGUGAAUUAUGAGAAAGAGACACAGAACGAGGAACAGUGUUCAGAUGCAAGAACAAAUCUUGAAACAACAAAGAGAGAACUUCGGAGAAGCAUGCAGGACAAAGAUACAUUUUUGAGGUCAAUAUUUUGUGGAGUUAUCAUUGUUAGAGAGAGGUGUAAAUUGUUAGAUAUUAGCAAAAACCAAAUCAAAAAACAGCUGGAGGAAAUAGAAGAGCAGAGAAAUGAAAUUCAAUCAAAACUCACAUCAGAGACAUAAACACAAAACAGGAUCCAUUCAUCUCUUUAUAGAGCUGGAAACUCUACAAAAUGUUUUGCUGACUUUUAUAAAAUGGUGAUAAAGUAUGUAAAAUGUUGAGACUCUACAUUUUUGCAGGUGUUUGGUAAAUGACCACUGCAGACCACUCAGUGUCAUGAAUGAGAAAAUGAACAUCUUUAGAUGGUUAAUAACAGUGAGGUUCAAACCAGCUUUCAGGCCAAAACGACAUGAACAAAUGUGACGUUAGUGUGACCUCAGAGGCCACAGUGAAUGUGUUUAAAAGCUGCAGCAGCUCUCCUCUGCUAAAAUGCACCUCUAGAUGUGUGAACAGAGCAGGUAGAAAAUGUGGUUUAACUGUAACAUGCUGACAGAUCGUAAAAAUAGAUGAUGAGGCUGUGCGUUAGCCGAAGCGCUCGCUCUCACGACGAUGAAGAAUCAUGAGUCUUUAGGUUGUUUCCACUUUAUAACAAGUCACAUAUUGUCAUUAACUAAGAAUCAACACAUGCACUUUCUUUACAAAUGUUCAUAAACACAGUAUCUUUGAUUUUUUCCUUGAUAUAUUUCCAAUCAGCAUGGAAAUAUGUGAUUUCCUUUUGUUGUGAACAUGCACAACUUCACAACUGACUUUCUUAAAAGCCAACUAAAAAAAUAUAUUUAGAGAAGAAUUAUAAAAUCUUCAUUCUGACAAUGAGGUGACUAAAAGUAAUUCUAAAAAAUGAAAGCUUUAUACAAAAUGUCUGUGUUGAUUAAAAGGGUCCUGCAUUAAUUUAACAUCCCUGUGUGGCCGUAUGAGCUGCACACAUUACAUAGCUUUAAAUGGUCUCUCCUCCCGUCUUCAGUCUCGAGUCUCUGCUCUCAGUAACCUGCAAAACACAGGAGACCAAGAAUGUCAAGCUGUCAAGAUGGUGAAAAUAUCAUUUUUCAUGUUAAUGCUCAUGCAUUUUACUUAGAUUUUAAGUAAGACAUACGUAUAUGAAAAUAUUGUCAGCCUAGCCCUGUUGGUUAUAUACAGGAAAGGAAUCUCUACUGUUAGAAAUGGGUUGGUACCAGUGAAGAGAACUGGUGUCAC